AUGCAAACAGUUGAAAUAAUCCACCUUUCAUUAUACAUUCAUCAAAAGGAUAGGGAAAUAACUGUGACGUACUACUUACACACGACUAAUGAAAUAAUAGAAGACUUAAAGAUAAUAUUUAGGACAGGGAGUAAUAAGAACAGUAUAUACAAAGGGAAUGUCUGCCCAUUUAAAUACUGCAAGUACUGA